AUUAAGGAAGGAUGCCUCAAAAGAUAAGAGCUGUGUAUAGAAAUAAAGAAAACGAAAAGUGUGAGAAACCUUUUCGCACACAUCUACAGCGAGAAAACUAGUAUACGCCGCAAUGGCCACUCCAGACGCAACAUCGGCAAGUUACCAAAGAUCCGGAUUCUCCCAGAAGAUGGGAUGGGGAACUCGACCAGCACUCGUUUUGGUAGAUGUCUGCAAAGCAUAUUGGUCUGAGGGAUCUCCCCUCGAUACAAGCUCCAACCCCGAGAGCGUGGCUGCCCCUGAUUCCAUGCGCAAGCUUGUUGCUGCAGCUCGUUCAGCGAAAGUUCCCGUGAUCUGGACCAAAGUGUACUAUGAUCGAGAAGAUAUGGCCGAUGCUGGACUGAUGUAUAAGAAAGCGAAAGUCCUCACCGUCUGGCAGAAAGGUGACACGAGAGGCUUCGAUGGAUACGUGGAUGGACUCGUGCCCGAACCACAAGACACGAUCGUGACGAAGAAGAUGCCGAGCGCCUUCUUUGGGACGACACUUGCAGCAGAUCUUCAUCUCCUCAAUGUCGAUACUCUGGUCAUCUGUGGUGUGAGUACAAGUGGUUGUGUUCGGGCAACGACAUUGGACGCCAUGCAAAAUGGCUUUAGACCAAUGGUCGUAGGAGAAGCUUGCGGAGACAGAACGCCGGAGAUCCAAAGAACUAACUUGUUCGAUUUGAAUGCAAAAUAUGCAGAUGUGGUUUCGGAAGGGGAGGCGGUUGAAAAGUUGACGGCUGGAUGGAGUUAGUGGAACAUUGAGCAAGCACGUGACUCUUGAUGAUCCGUGUUUGCAUAACAAGUAUUACAUUCGUCAAUCGCCAGUAUAUGAUCUGAUUAUUAAUUGUCUACCAAGAAAGACGGACUGUAAUCCCAUACUCGCCUGUUCCGUUUUGGUCUCUGGGCGUGAGCAGCUGCUGCCUUAACCUGAGCUAAGGGUGAGCAGAGCUUGAGCUAGUGAGAGAUGUGACUAGGAUACAUCUAUGGAUUGGCCCAGUUAUCUUUCAUAGGACAUAGUACUGUGCCGUUAGAUUUAUCAACAUCUUAGUUCGCGGGUACCUGACAGACUGAUAUAGAGAUAAAGCCUUAGAAGCGUUUACGGCAAUCGAUCUACGUAACAU